AUGCAAUUUAUCGAUGUGAAUCAAAAGUGUGAUGUUGAUCCAUCAUCAUCAUCAUCAUCAUCAUCAUCAUCAUCAUCAUCAUCAUCAUCAUCAUCAUCAUCAUCAUCAUCAUCAUCAUCAUCAUCAUCAUCAUCAUCAUCAUCAUCAUCAUCAUCAUCAUCAUCAUCAUCAUCAUCAUCAUCAUCAUCAUCAUCAUCAUCAUCAUCAUCAUCAUCAUCAUCAUCAUCAUCAUCAUCAUCAUCAUCAUCAUCAUCAUCAUCAUCAUCAUCAUCAUCAUCAUCAUCAUCAUCAUCAUCAUCAUCAUCAUCAUCAUCAUCAUCAUCAUCAUCAUCAUCAUCAUCAUCAUCAUCAUCAUCAUCAUCAUCAUCAUCAUCAUCAUCAUCAUCAUCAUCAUCAUCAUCAUCAUCAUCAUCAUCAUCAUCAUCAUCAUCAUCAUCAUCAUCAUCAUCAUCAUCAUCAUCAUCAUCAUCAUCAUCAUCAUCAUCAUCAUCAUCAUCAUCAUCAUCAUCAUCAUCAUCAUCAUCAUCAUCAUCAUCAUCAUCAUCAUCAUCAUCAUCAUCAUCAUCAUCAUCAUCAUCAUCAUCAUCAUCAUCAUCAUCAUCAUCAUCAUCAUCAUCAUCAUCAUCAUCAUCAUCAUCAUCAUCAUCAUCAUCAUCAUCAUCAUCAUCAUCAUCAUCAUCAUCAUCAUCAUCAUCAUCAUCAUCAUCAUCAUCAUCAUCAUCAUCAUCAUCAUCAUCAUCAUCAUCAUCAUCAUCAUCAUCAUCAUCAUCAUCAUCAUCAUCAUCAUCAUCAUCAUCAUCAUCAUCAUCAUCAUCAUCAUCAUCAUCAUCAUCAUCAUCAUCAUCAUCAUCAUCAUCAUCAUCAUCAUCAUCAUCAUCAUCAUCAUCAUCAUCAUCAUCAUCAUCAUCAUCAUCAUCAUCAUCAUCAUCAUCAUCAUCAUCAUCAUCAUCAUCAUCAUCAUCAUCAUCAUAUCAUCAUCAUCAUCAUCAUCAUCAUCAUCAUCAUCAUCAUCAUCAUCAUCAUCAUCAUCAUCAUCAUCAUCAUCAUCAUCAUCAUCAUCAUCAUCAUCAUCAUCAUCAUCAUCAUCAUCAUCAUCAUCAUCAUCAUCAUCAUCAUCAUCAUCAUCAUCAUCAUCAUCAUCAUCAUCAUCAUCAUCAUCAUCAUCAUCAUCAUCAUCAUCAUCAUCAUCAUCAUCAUCAUCAUCAUCAUCAUCAUCAUCAUCAUCAUCAUCAUCAUCAUCAUCAUCAUCAUCAUCAUCAUCAUCAUCAUCAUCAUCAUCAUCAUCAUCAUCAUCAUCAUCAUCAUCAUCAUCAUCAUCAUCAUCAUCAUCAUCAUCAUCAUCAUCAUCAUCAUCAUCAUCAUCAUCAUCAUCAUCAUCAUCAUCAUCAUCAUCAUCAUCAUCAUCAUCAUCAUCAUCAUCAUCAUCAUCAUCAUCAUCAUCAUCAUCAUCAUCAUCAUCAUCAUCAUCAUCAUCAUCAUCAUCAUCAUCAUCAUCAUCAUCAUCAUCAUCAUCAUCAUCAUCAUCAUCAUCAUCAUCAUCAUCAUCAUUGUUAUGACUCGUAUAACAAUCGUUAUUGUAUAUGA